CCAUUAGGACAACUGAUGAUUUCUUGACGUCCAGUAUUCUAUUAUAUUUUGAUUGUCCCACCUGAAAGCAAUUGUUGCAUUACCUAAUUGAUGAUGCAAUGCGUGAAUUGAAGGAGAAAUUGCCACCUUUUGUAAUUUUGCUUUGCACGUAUCAUUCUUUCUGCUUUUACCCUUCAUAAUACCUGCCCGGAGGACAAGGAACCUAUUCCUUAACAACACACCAAUGACUUGUAUAAACCAUUUUGCUUCUCCAUCCUUACCUUCUUCCUUAUUCUUCAUUCAUGGCUAUGGAGGAUUGGAACAUGCUUGCUGCAGAUUGUGUUGUUAUUUCCUGUUGCUGCGAAUGCUUGAUCCUUCAACUCAUCUUUUUCAUCUUACUCAAACUUCCAUGGAAGCUCAUUCGAAAGGCGAAAGAAUACGCCAAGACAAAGAUUCACCGUAGAAGAAAAAAACAGAAGAUUAUCAAAACAAUGAAGGGUCGAUAUCAGGAUGAGAUUUUGCAAUGUCAUGGUGGAUCUGAGUUAACUAUACAAGUUGAAAGCUCUGGUUUAAGCUGUUGUAUGGAGGAAGUUGAGAAGGUGUUGGAGGAGUUUUCAGAAAAGGGAGAGUUUGCAUUUGGCAGCUUUUGGGGUAGGGAGAAAUCAAGGAACUCAUCAACAAAUUUAGCCCCUCAGGAAUUUUAUUUUAGUAACAGAAUUGUACAGUUUGAAAUUGUUGAAAUAUCUGCUUCUUUAAAUUACUCAUUUCCUUGUUAAUAUAACAAAUAUAAUAACCAUUCCACAUUUUACCAGAAAAAUAAACACAAACCCUAGA